CUUUCAAACAUAGUCAUGCAAAUCUUCGUCAAAACUUUAACUGGGAAAACAAUCACCCUCGAUGUCGUACCCUCGGAGACGGUGUUGGACAUUAAGGGAAAAAUUGAACAGCGCGAGGGUAUCGAUCCAGAACAACAACGUAUUAUAUUUGCUGGAAAGCAGCUGGAGGAUGGGCGCAUCAUAUCGGACUACAAUAUUCAGCAUGGAUCGACGAUGCAUUUGGUGCUUCGGUUAAAAGGUGGCAUGCAGAUUUUCGUGAGGAUGCUGACAGGAAAAACCAUCGCAAUCGACACGGAACCGGAAGCGACGGUCGAAAGCGUUAAGAAGCAGAUCGAUGAACGUGAGGAAAUCCCUCCGAACCAGCAGCGCAUGAUCUUUGCCGGCAAACAGUUGGAAGAUGGACGCCAGCUACAGGAAUACAGCAUCAUUAAAGCAUCUACGAUCCACCUGGUCCUUCGGCUGAAAGGUGGUAUGCAGAUUUUUGUAAAAAUGUUAACCGGCAAAACGAUGGCAGUCGAUACGGAACCGGAAGCGACGGUGGAAAGCGUGAAAAAGCAGAUCGAUGAGCGCGAGGAAAUUCCACCGAAUCAACAACGAAUGAUCUUUGCCGGCAAACAGUUAGAGGAUGGUCGUCAACUGCAGGAGUACAGUAUCAUAAAGGGGUCCACCGUUCACCUCGUUUUGCGGUUGAAGGGGGGCCACAUUAAAAUGCAGAUUUUCGUCAAGACCCUGACCGGAAAGACCAUCACCCUUGAGGUUGAGCCUUCCGAUACGAUUGAGAACGUAAAGGCCAAAAUUCAGGAUAAGGAAGGAAUCCCUCCAGAUCAGCAGCGUCUCAUCUUCGCCGGAAAGCAGCUUGAGGAUGGCCGCACUCUUUCGGAUUACAACAUCCAGAAGGAAUCGACUCUCCAUCUGGUUCUGCGUCUGCGCGGAGGAAUGCAGAUUUUCGUCAAGACCCUGACCGGAAAGACCAUCACCCUUGAGGUUGAGCCUUCCGAUACGAUUGAGAACGUAAAGGCCAAAAUUCAGGAUAAGGAAGGAAUCCCUCCAGAUCAGCAGCGUCUCAUCUUCGCCGGAAAGCAGCUUGAGGAUGGCCGCACUCUUUCGGAUUACAACAUCCAGAAGGAAUCGACUCUCCAUCUGGUUCUGCGUCUGCGAGGAGGAAUGCAGAUUUUCGUCAAGACCUUGACCGGAAAGACCAUCACCCUUGAGGUUGAGCCUUCCGAUACGAUUGAGAACGUGAAGGCCAAGAUUCAGGAUAAGGAAGGAAUCCCUCCAGAUCAACAGCGUCUCAUCUUCGCCGGAAAGCAGCUUGAGGAUGGCCGCACUCUUUCGGAUUACAACAUCCAGAAGGAAUCGACUCUCCAUCUGGUUCUGCGUCUGCGCGGAGGAAUGCAGAUUUUCGUCAAGACCCUGACCGGAAAGACCAUCACCCUUGAGGUUGAGCCUUCCGAUACGAUUGAGAACGUAAAGGCCAAAAUUCAGGAUAAGGAAGGAAUCCCUCCAGAUCAGCAGCGUCUCAUCUUCGCCGGAAAGCAGCUUGAGGAUGGCCGCACUCUUUCGGAUUACAACAUCCAGAAGGAAUCGACUCUCCAUCUGGUUCUGCGUCUGCGAGGAGGAAUGCAGAUUUUCGUCAAGACCUUGACCGGAAAGACCAUCACCCUUGAGGUUGAGCCUUCCGAUACGAUUGAGAACGUGAAGGCCAAGAUUCAGGAUAAGGAAGGAAUCCCUCCAGAUCAACAGCGUCUCAUCUUCGCCGGAAAGCAGCUUGAGGAUGGCCGCACUCUUUCGGAUUACAACAUCCAGAAGGAAUCGACUCUCCAUCUGGUUCUGCGUCUGCGAGGAGGAAUGCAAAUUUUCGUCAAGACCCUGACCGGAAAGACCAUCACCCUUGAGGUUGAGCCUUCCGAUACGAUUGAGAACGUGAAGGCCAAGAUUCAGGAUAAGGAAGGAAUCCCUCCAGAUCAACAGCGUCUCAUCUUCGCCGGAAAGCAGCUUGAGGAUGGCCGCACUCUUUCGGAUUACAACAUCCAGAAGGAAUCGACUCUCCAUCUGGUUCUGCGUCUGCGAGGAGGAAUGCAGAUUUUCGUCAAGACCCUGACCGGAAAGACCAUCACCCUUGAGGUUGAGCCUUCCGAUACGAUUGAGAACGUGAAGGCCAAGAUUCAGGAUAAGGAAGGAAUCCCUCCAGAUCAACAGCGUCUCAUCUUCGCCGGAAAGCAGCUUGAGGAUGGCCGCACUCUUUCGGAUUACAACAUCCAGAAGGAAUCGACUCUCCAUCUGGUUCUGCGUCUGCGAGGAGGAAUGCAGAUUUUCGUCAAGACCCUGACCGGAAAGACCAUCACCCUUGAGGUUGAGCCUUCCGAUACGAUUGAGAACGUGAAGGCCAAAAUUCAGGAUAAGGAAGGAAUCCCUCCAGAUCAGCAGCGUCUCAUCUUCGCCGGAAAGCAGCUUGAGGAUGGCCGCACUCUUUCGGAUUACAACAUCCAGAAGGAAUCGACUCUCCAUCUGGUUCUGCGUCUGCGAGGAGGAAUGCAGAUUUUCGUCAAGACCCUGACCGGAAAGACCAUCACCCUGGAGGUGGAGCCCUCCGAUACGAUUGAGAACGUGAAGGCCAAAAUUCAGGAUAAGGAAGGAAUCCCUCCAGAUCAGCAGCGUCUCAUCUUCGCCGGAAAGCAGCUUGAGGAUGGCCGCACUCUUUCGGAUUACAACAUCCAGAAGGAAUCGACUCUCCAUCUGGUUCUGCGUCUGCGAGGAGGAAUGCAGAUUUUCGUCAAGACUCUGACCGGAAAGACCAUCACCCUUGAGGUUGAGCCUUCCGAUACGAUUGAGAACGUGAAGGCCAAGAUUCAGGAUAAGGAAGGAAUCCCUCCAGAUCAACAGCGUCUCAUCUUCGCCGGAAAGCAGCUUGAGGAUGGCCGCACUCUUUCGGAUUACAACAUCCAGAAGGAAUCGACUCUCCAUCUGGUUCUGCGUCUGCGAGGAGGAAUGCAGAUUUUCGUCAAGACCCUGACCGGAAAGACCAUCACCCUUGAGGUUGAGCCUUCCGAUACGAUUGAGAACGUGAAGGCCAAAAUUCAGGAUAAGGAAGGAAUCCCUCCAGAUCAGCAGCGUCUCAUCUUCGCCGGAAAGCAGCUUGAGGAUGGCCGCACUCUUUCGGAUUACAACAUCCAGAAGGAAUCGACUCUUCAUCUGGUUCUGCGUCUGCGAGGAGGAAUGCAGAUUUUCGUCAAGACCCUGACCGGAAAGACCAUCACCCUUGAGGUUGAGCCUUCCGAUACGAUUGAGAACGUGAAGGCCAAGAUUCAGGAUAAGGAAGGAAUCCCUCCAGAUCAGCAGCGUCUCAUCUUCGCCGGAAAGCAGCUUGAGGAUGGCCGCACUCUUUCGGAUUACAACAUCCAGAAGGAAUCGACUCUCCAUCUGGUUCUGCGUCUGCGAGGAGGAAUGCAGAUUUUCGUCAAGACCCUGACCGGAAAGACCAUCACCCUUGAGGUUGAGCCUUCCGAUACGAUUGAGAACGUGAAGGCCAAGAUUCAGGAUAAGGAAGGAAUCCCUCCAGAUCAACAGCGUCUCAUCUUCGCCGGAAAGCAGCUUGAGGAUGGCCGCACUCUUUCGGAUUACAACAUCCAGAAGGAAUCCACUCUCCAUCUGGUUCUGCGUCUGCGUGGAGGAUUUUAAAAUUUAUCAAUAAAUUCUCAUCAUUGAAAUAACAAUAAAAACCAAGCCUCUUUCAU